AUGAAGAAUAUCUCCCGAGGGAGGACAGGGCUCCUCUUCACUGCCCUGCUCCUCUCCCUCUCCGCCCAACCCUCCCAAGCCGUUCCCUACCCCCGCGACGAGCUCCACGAUGCUGGUUAUUCUUACCUUAUGCCUCGCGCCUGCGUCCAAUACUGCGGUGCCGACAACCAGUAUUGUUGGAUUUAUACCACGACCUGGACGGAAACCAACACCUUUACGAGUACCGUCACCCACGACGUUCCCGCGGUAGCGGCGACCCUAUUGACAAGCGGUAUCACUGCUGGCGGCGGCGGUGGCGGUGGCGGAUACGCGACUGUCAUCACCACCAACGGUCAAGUUACCACGCUUUUCUCUGCCCCUUUCCGCGUCACCGGUACUGGAACGCCGUCCCCCACGGGCUUUACUUCUGGCCAAGACCAGGAAGAUGAAGGGGACGGCUCUGGCCUUAGCCCUGGGGCCAUUGCCGGUAUCGUCAUCGGUACCUUGGCUGGCAUUGGUUUGCUCUUCCUGCUCUGCUUCUGCCUCAUUGCCAAAGGUAUUCUCGGUGCUAUAUUCGGGAAGAAAAAGAAGAAGGAGCGUGCUCAGGGUGCGUACGACGACAACUAUACCAGGAGCAGCCGCGCUCCCUCUAGCUAUUUUACCAAGAAGGAUGCCCAUAGCUCUUGGCAGCUCGAGUUCUGGAGGAGGCUCCAAACAUCCCAGUAG